AUGUCUCAGAGUGGAGCAAGUCCGUACUACAUAUGUGAUCAAAGCCUUGUAAGCGGCAAUGAGCAGGAUGAAACACCGAUUUCUAAUGUUGCAGAAGAGGGCAUCAUCUCCUCCGUAGUGAUCUCUGGUCUACUGGAAGAGGCUCCUACUACUGAGUCAUCCAAUACUCCCCAGGGUUCUCAGAGUCCCUGCCUUUCUUCUACUACCUCAUUGAACAGAUCAGAUGAGAGCUUCAGUAACCAAGAAGAUGAGAAAAAUCCAAGCACCUUAAUGCCCAUGCCAGACACUAAAAACUUGUCUGCCUAUCUAGAUGAGAAGAUGACAUUGUUGGUGCAAUUCAUGCUGAUCAAAUACCAACAGAGAGAGAUGAUCACAAAGGAAGAUAUACUGAAGGUAGUCAUUAGAGAAUAUGAAGAGUACUUUCUGGAGAUCUUCACUAUGGCCUGUAAGCGCAUGGAGCUGGUCUUUGGCAUUGAAACGAGAGAAAUGGGUACUGCCAGCCACUGUUAUAUAGUUUGUAAUGCUAUGGGUCUCACCUACUUUAAGAUGCGGAGUGGUGAGGAAACCUUACCCAGGAACGGUCUGCUGCUUUUUAUCUUGGGUGUGAUCUUCAUGAAAGGCAACCGUGCCCCUGAGAAGGAGAUCUGGAAAUUGUUUAAUAGAAUGGGCAUAUAUUCUGGGAAGAAUCAUAUACUCUAUGGGGAACCCAGAAAAUUCAUCACCAGUGAUCUGGUGAUGGAAAUGUAUCUGGAGUACCAACAGAUUCCCAAAAGUUAUCCUGUGAGUUAUGAAUUCCUUUGGGGUCCAAGAGCCCACGCUGAAAUUAACAAGGUAAAAUUCUUGGAAUAUUUAGCCAAAAUCAAUGAUUCUGACACUCCAGUUUAUUCAUCUCAAUAUGAAGCUGCUUUGAGAGAUGAGGAAGAGAAAGCCAAAAUUUCACCCAGGCUUAUCACUCCUCACUAG